AUGACAGCUAAAGAAGUUAUAGAAUUCGAAAGAAAGUUACAUGAACUUCUCGAGAGAAAGCCCCCUGGGAUUAGUGCGUCGAAAAUCAAAGAUCUAACGAGAAUCGCAAUGACUAGUCCAAAGCAAUAUAAAAAUAUUGUAUACAGCGUACAGAAAUUCAUUCAGAGAUGCUCGGUCGAUUACAAAUUGGGUGCAUUAUAUGUUCUAGAUUCAAUAUCACAGGCGGCAGCAAGACAAAAAUCUUUAGUAGCAGAAAAAGAUGAUAUUAACUCUUCUGGUUGGUCAGGCGCUGAAUAUCUUGAAAGAUUCGAAAAAGUGUUGGAAGAAAUGUUUUCAAACAUAAUGCAAUGUCCAGAAUAUGAUAAGGAUAAAGUGAAACGUGUUCUAGAUAUAUGGAUUAGCAAAGAUGCUGGUAUUUAUAGCAAAGAGGCGACCACCGCAUUGGAAAUGCGUCAUGUAAUGUGUCUCAUAAAUUAUAGCAUUGACAAUAUUGAUUCAAUCGAAAGGUUUUGUUUCCAGGAAACAUUGAUUAACCUUUUGUCAUUAAUUAAUACUUUAGAUCCAACAACUUUAAAUCCAUCAUCGCUUGAUUCUUCAGCACUAUUAGCCACCUUGAAUAAUCUUACGCAAGGAACUUUGAAUAUUCCAUCAUUUUUAUCUUCACAGCAGAUAAAUUCCGUUCCUAUACAACCAAAUUCGACAAUUCCUUAUAAUAGUCAUGCCACAAUGCCAGCGACUAGUAGUUCCCAAUUUACAAAUAUUAAUUUACCACCUUCGUCGACGAGUACAUCCAACCAUCGACCUUCAAUGCCUACAUCAACUUCAAUGAAUAAUGGAUAUACGCGAUCUCCAGUUUCGUCUUAUAAUCAAAAUGUUAAUUUGAAAGGAAACAAACCUAUGCAUGAUUCUUUUGAUUUCGAUUAUGGAGACAUGGAUGAAGCAGAUGAUAUCGGGUUAAUGCCCCGUGUACAAAAUAAUGAUAAAAACAAUGCUGAGAAAUCGUUGAUUAACAAUGUGCUGUCUGUUAAUGCAGUUCAAGCGACAACAAGCGCAGCUUCAACUGCACCAAUAUCACAAUUUAAUCAAGAUCAAUUCAGUCUGAUGGCAAAUCAAUUAUUUACUCCCUCGCAAAAUGCACCUUCAAUCUCAGUAACACAAUCACAAAUUCCACCGCAACAAAUUCAACAGCCUUCUGCGGUACCAAACACGACAAAUAUGCCAUCAAUUCCACCGUUUCAAUUUCCACCACCACCACAGAAUUGGGUCGCUCCCGGUCAACCACCACAAAUUUCAUCUAGUGGUAUGCCACCACUUCCAGAACAUUACCAACCCCCGCCACCUUUUCCCUUACCUCUUUGGUCAAAUCAACAAAAUGUUCUUCCACCUCAACAAUGGAAUCCUAAUGGUCCUCCUCAAUCGAAUGGAUCACAAUUUCCUCCUAAUCAAACUUCCGGUCAACAACAAAAUCCUGUUCCUUUCCAAGGUAAUCCACCACCACCAGGUUUUCCGGCCCAACCUUCGGUUCCGAUUUCCGGACAGCCGCUGCCUGCUCCCCCCGGCCAUCACGUGCCACCCCCCGGCCAACCAUUACUAGGUCAUCCGAUGACACCACAAGGUCAACCACCAAUUAUAACACAUAAUGUUCCAGGAUCACAAUCCGGACAACAAUUACCUCCUCCAGGACAUCAAUUACCUCCUCCUGGGCAUCAUAUUCCUCAACCACCGGGACAAACUACUCCAAAUCAACAACAGAUUCAUCCAAAUCAACCUUUACAAACACCGCCUCAGCAACCACCACAAGGUGGCGAUGUUUGUGUCGUAUAUGAAGAUCAAAGCGUCGGAAGGGAUUUCAUUAAAGUGUUGAGUCGAACGCUUUAUGUUGGAAGCGUUAUGGAGCAUAUGUCUAAACAAUAUAUUGAAGAUAUAUUUGCUAAACACGGUCCGGUAUCAACUGUUACGCUUAACUAUGAUAAAAAUCAUGGAUUCGUAAAAUUGGAAACACGAGCAGCAGCUGCAAGAGCCCUUCGAGGUGUUCGGAUGAAAGUGAGAUCCUUAAAGGUACGAUUUUUUGGACCAAAAGAUUGUUUUGAAUUUCCAUCAGGAGAUUCUUUAAUUCCACUUAAUAGAUUAACUGAAACGGAUAGAAAGUGGUUGGUUACAAGCAAAUGUGGUGGUACGGGAGAAUCGAGGAAGUUUUCUGAUGCUUCAUGGGAAGGUUCAGCUUCACCCAGAAGACGAUCUUCGUAUAAUUCGGAAUCAAAUCUUCCUCUCCGAAAUUCUUGGUCAGAGAAAGUGCAAAAUGCAGCAGAUCAAAAAUAUUCUCCCGAGAAUCCGUUACAGCAACCAAUGUAUACUUUUCCACUCAUACAACCUUCUACAAAUCCACCAACAAGCAUGGACUCAAAUCGACAAACUCCUCCACAACAACCUACAGAUAUUAAUACAAAUAUUUCAACUAAUACACAACAACAGCCUCAAGAUAAUUAUAAUAAUAAUUUUAAUCAAAGAAACGAAAUAUCAUCCCCACCACAUUCUUUAUCUGGUAAAAAACGAGAACUAGAACAAUAUAGUGCCGAUAGAGAUGAUGAACAUUAUCGUGAAAAUAAAAAAACGAGAUGGGAUUAA